CAGGCGGGGCCGUGCUGUCGCGAGCGGGUCCCGGUGGCCGGGCCGCGCGGGGCGUCUUCGGGCUGGGACGGCGCGGCGGGCGCGGUGUCCGGCGCGGCCAUGGCGGGCUCGGUGGCGCGGAAGGCCAUGGAGUACCUGCGCAGCAAGGACUUCCGGGACUACCUCAUGAGCACGCACUUUUGGGGCCCGGUAGCCAACUGGGGGCUUCCCAUCGCCGCCAUCAAUGACAUGAAGAAGUCCCCCGAGAUCAUCAGUGGGCGGAUGACGUUUGCUCUCUGCUGUUACUCCCUGGCCUUCAUGAGAUUCGCCUACAAGGUCCAGCCUCGGAACUGGCUGCUCCUGGCCUGCCACGCCACCAACGAGGUCGCACAACUGGCCCAGGGGACCCGGCUCAUCAAAUACGAGUUUGCUAAGAAGACGACAUAGGGUGAGAUGCCGCACCCGCCCCUGGCAGGGACGGCCCGGCCUGCAGGACCCCCAGUCGCCGCUGUCCUCAGGAACUGCCCGGCUGAGGGAUGUAGUUUUGCUAACAGACUAUUUUUCUAGACGGCAGAGCCCGCCCCCUGCAGCCUGCCCGCACAGAGCCACCCUGGUGCCCUCGACCCCCUCACUCCAGUCUCGGCCCUCUCUGCAGUGAAGCGUGACCUGUCAGGGCUUCUCCCGAGAAACAGAACAAAGUGUGUGACUGAGCCCUGCAGACGGCCGGCCGCGGGCCCGCGCUGGUCUCCCGUGUCCGGAGAGGCUGUUUCCUGCAGCGCAUGUGCCGAGUGCUGACUUCAGGCAAUAAAUCAUUGCAAUAUUUGUCAA